CCCUCUGCCACACAGUCACAAAGUUACUCUUUGCACUUGAGGGUGCACAAUGCCUGUAGAGAAGCUAGAGCUCAAAGAGCUGGACAAAACGUUGCUGAAGAAGAAUGAAUCCUCACCCAAACCUCAGAGCAAGUAUGAAAGAAUAAUCCAGCCAUGUGUGGCCGAGCUGGUGGGCACAACGUUUUUUGUCUUCGUUGGCUGUGUGUCCGUCAUUGAAAAUGUGGAGGCAGCAGGAAGGCUACAGCCGGCACUCGCACAUGGUUUGGCAGUGGCAGUGCUGGUGGCAUGUAUGGCAGAAAUCAGCGGAUCACAUUUCAACCCUCCGUUCACCAUCGCUAUCUGGUUGUGUGGUGGACUUCAGCUGACGAUGGUUGUUCCCUACCUUAUCAGUCAGAUUAUCGGAGGUGUGCUGGGAGCUGCAAUGUCAAAGGUUAUGACAUCCCACAAGAACUACGUGAAUGCUACCGGAGCGGCCUUUGCUGUUCUGAAGUCUGACGAGCAGCUGGGGAAGGUUGUGUUCGCUGAAAUGGCCAUGACAUGUCUAGUAACCAUGGUAGUCCUGAUGGGGGCAGUCAAUGGAAAGAGCAAAAGCCCCAUGGUGCCCUUCAUGGUGGGCUGCACUGUUAUCAUCAAUAUUCUGGCAGGAGGAGACGUCUCUGGCACCUGUCUGAACCCUGCAAGAGCAUUUGGACCUGCAUUGAUAGCUAACCACUGGUCUUAUCAUUGGGUUUAUUGGGUCGGUCCGAUAGGUGGAGGUCUGAUGGCUGCUGCUCUCGUGAGGCUUCUGCUUGGAGAUGAGAAGAUACGAGUUAUAAUGAAAUGAUAUUGGAGCACAUCAGCAUGCAAAGCCUCUCAAUUCAUGAUGCCAGCAUUACUUCUAAACACUCUAAAUAUUUCAUGUCUAAUUUGACUGAAAUUGAAUUUAAAACUGUGGCUUACUGUGCUUCCCUUUUAGCACAAAUGACCAACCCUUUUUCUUUUUUUCCAGCAGAUGUCAGUAAGUUGUCUGUUGAUAAUAUUUCACAUAAAAUCUUUUAUCUCUGUAGUUUUAGAAUUUACUCAGAAUAAAAUGUAUUCCAUAUUAUCAUAAUCAAUAUUAUUAUCUCAAAUUGGAGCAUUUCCAUUUAGCUUCAAAACAAGUUUCUGUGUAAACCAUCAAUCAAAUGUCAAAUGCAAUUUUCUUAUUAUUAUUUUCUUUAUGUUAUAGACAUCUUAUCAUCAAAAUCGAUUAUAAAUACUAUAAUAAGAAGAUGAAUAAUUGUAGGCUAUAUUAUUAUUAUUAUUUCCAACUGAAUUAUGUAUGUUUUAUUCUUGUUUUUUAAUAAAAGAAAUAUGGGA